ACCGAUAUAUUGCAAUAUGAAAAAAUAAAUUUCGUACUGCGAUACGAUUUUUGGAAAACCGGUAUUUUAUAAAAAUUAUAAUUUACAAUUAAUUGCCUUCUAAUUUUGUACAAUUUUCACAUAAAAUCUUUAAGAAAAAAACAGAAAGAAUGAAUAAAUUAGAAACUGAAAAGGAAAUUGAAAAGGAAAAUAAUGCCUACAGAAAAAUGAAUGAACGCCAUUCAAAGUCUACAAAUCAAAGAAUAUUAGACAAGAAAAAAGAAGCUGCUAAGAGAAAAACUAACAGAAACAGUACAUCUGUAGAAACAGCCAUUAUACAUUUUAAACGAGCAAUCAAAGAUGGUGCCUUGUAUGAAAGCUUUUCUUGUGCAAGACUUAUGUUUAGGCGUUCAGUGUUGAAAUAUGCACCUUCGAAGUAUAGAAAAAUCGAGCAAGAGUUAAUCAGAAAUAUUAUUGAAGCUAGGAGAGGAACAACAACUGAUUGGAUCUGUCAAACAUGUGAUGCUGCUUUAAAAAGAAGCUCAAUUCCAGCUUUGUGUUUAGUGAAUAAUCUAUCAUUAGAAUCCAUUCCACAUGUACUUGAACAUUUGACAUUUCUUGAACAACAGAUUAAAUCUCAGAUUUUGCCAUUUAUGAAAGUGAUUACUCUACAUACAGGUGCACAGCACAAAUUAAGUGGUCAGGUUGUUUUGGUCCCCUCAGAUCUCUCUAAAGUUACAACAAGUCUUCCUAGAAAUAUAGCAAGUGCUCAAAUAAUCACCUUAGCUCUCAAAAGAAGACUUUUUGACAAGCAUCCUUAUCAUCAACAGCUUGCAAGCUAUGUAAAAUUAAAUGAAGAAGAAGUUAUCGACAGUGAGGAUGAAGUAGAUUUUGACAAUUCUACAGAAGUUCAAGAAGAACUUCAAAACAAAGCUUCACUGAAUGCAGUGACAUGUGUACAACCAGCACUUGAUGCAACAGAAAAAGAACAACUUCAAAAUAGUAUAUCCUUGACAACUAGAAAGACAUUUCAGAGUGAUAUCAGUGCAGGACAGUUAAAAGAUCCUGGUCAAUUAAAAAGAAUGAUUUCUACAGACCAGUUAUUCUCUUCAUUUAAAAAUAUACGCGCUACCCCACAGUAUUGGCAGCAGAUGCAGCUUGAUAUGCUGGCCAAAUUACAACACGUUCUUUCUUACUGGAUCAGCAGCAGAAUUUCACUGGAUAGAAGUGAUCCAAGUUGUUGCAAGUCAUCAGUUACCUUAUAA